AUGUUUUCCUGGUCGGCGGGGUUUUGCAUGGAGGCUCAGGUGCCUGCUCAGCGCUCGCCUGAGGAGCUGGUGACCAACACUCUGAUGCUGGAGCUAGGCAUGCUGCUGAAACGAGCAGACCGCCUCCACCAGGAGCGUGGCACUGAUGCCCGGCGGCGUCGCUCAAGUGUCGACUACAGUUGGCUGGCCGUGGCACACCAGAAGCCGCCUUACGAGCCCAGCCCCGGGGAACUGCUGGAGUUGCGUGGCCUGUGCGCCAAGAUCCGCCCCUCGCGGUGCGGCCCUGUCAUUCUCAGGCUCAGGAAGUUGGUGGCAGAGUUCGAGCCAGACGCCCAUGAGGUGCCGCGCAUCCUGCGCAUGAUUCUGUUGGACAUUGUGGAAGAGGAGGAGCAGAGCAAGGACCAAGAGGAGCAGGCGGCGGGUUGCUCGGAGAAGCGGCGCAGCAAGAGCUUGUCCUUCGUCACCCUCCGCUCCCGCUUCCUAGGAGUAGCCUUGGGGGGGUCAUGCUUGUGCCAGCCACGAGAGGCAAGGCUGUGGCCCGGCGAAGAUGACGAUGGGGGUGGCCCACAUUUCAGUGCGGGGGUGAUGACCCGGAGAGUGAGGAGCAUGCCCGAGAUGAGCCCCGUGGAACAGAUGACACAGAGCUGAACGAGAGAUGCAGGAGAAGAAGGGAGAGUAGGAGUGGGAGCAGGAAGUUGGUACCUUUGAGAUCAUUUAAGGCAAAGUAGGUUGGGGAGGCCAGGAAACACACACUCUGAACUGGGUUAUAGCACUACGAAGCAUCCAGACUAGCCCAACCUUCUCAAGAAUGCACACUGACACCACACAAAAAGGUACAACCAUGUACAGAUAGAAGUAUAUUCCAAGCAGAUCUUCCUUGGGGAUACCAGAACAUGAUCUUCCGAUCUAGUUACUCCAUAACUGAUUAUCUAGUACAGGGUCAUGUUGACUCUGAGCCUGCCCUGAGAAGACAAGGCAGGGGACACCCUGGGCAGGAUGCGGUCUAGUUAACGUACUCUGUGAAAUACGUGUAAUGAGUAUAGCAGCUAUUUGCAAAAAUAAACAACAUUUUCCAUUAAAUGUCCCCAUUGC